AUGGGUAUCUUAGAUGCCCGUAAUGCUACUAGGUUUGUGAGAGAGUUUAUUCUCUUGGGCUUCCCCUGGCACAGGGAAAUACAGGUCCUUCUCUUUGUGAUUUUCUCUAUCAUCUAUUUCCUGACCCUUUUGGGGAAUACAUCCAUCAUAUGCGCUGUAUGGUCAAGCCUCAAACUCCACACACCCAUGUACAUCCUGCUGGCCAACUUCUCCUUCCUGGAGAUCUGCUAUGUCAGUUCUGAUGUGCCCAAAAUGUUGGCCAACCUCAUUUCCCAGAACAAAAGCAUUUCCUACACUGGCUGCCUGCUCCAGUUCUACUUCUUCUCCAUGUGUGCUGCCGAGGGCUACUUUCUGUCUGCAAUGUCCUUUGAUAGGUUUCUUGCCAUCUGUAGACCUCUACAUUACCCCACCAUUAUGACUUAUCACCUGUGUGUCCGAUUAGUAAUCUGUUGUUGGGCUGGUGGCUUUCUAUCCAUCCUGAUGCUUGCAGUUUUCAUGUCCUGGGGGCCCUUUUGUGGCCCUAACAUCAUUGACCACUUCUUCUGUGAUCUUGGACCAUUAUUGGCCCUGUCAUGUGUCCCCAUUCCUAAAACAACUCUAACUUGCGCUACUGUAAGCUCUCUCAUCAUCUUCAAUACCUUCCUCUACAUUCUUGCAUCCUAUACCUUACUUUUGCAUGCUGUACUGCGGGUUCCAGCUGGCUCAGGCAGAAACAAAGCCUUCUCUACAUGUGCAUCCCAUUUUUUGGUGGUUUCUCUGUUCUAUGGCUCAGUCAUGGUGAUGUAUGUAAGUCCCGGCUCCAGGAGCCAUCCUGGGACACAGAAAUUUGUGACAUUGUUUUACUGCAUGGCAACCCCAUUCUUUAAUCCAUUGAUCUACAGCCUCCGAAACAAAGACAUGUAA